AUGGUUUUAAAAAACAAUUUAGAAAAAUCCUUAAAAGACUUGGAAACGAAAAUUAAGGAACUGGUGCAAAGUAAUGAAGAGUUGCGUUCACAAUUUAAAUAUUUAGAAGAAAAAGUUAGAGAGCGAGAUGAAGAAACCAAAGCCAAGGUUAGAGAAGCAAAAGCCAAGCAAGAAAUUAUUAAUAAAUUAGAAGAAAAGAUUAGAGAACGAGAAGAAGAGACCGAAGCUAAUAUCAAUAAUUUAGAAGGAAAGAUUAGAGAACGAGAAGAAGAGACCAAAGCCAAUAUCAGUCCUUUAGAAGAAAAGGUUAGAGAAGAAGCAAAAGCCAAGCGAGAAAGUAUUAAUAAUUUAGAUGAAAAGAUUAGAGAACGAGAAGAA